AUGUUGUAUAGCAUAGUAAUUGCAAGUUCAUUAAUGCUCCUUGAUUAUAUCCAUAGAGUAUAUUUACAAAAUGUAUCUGUACCUUUAGAUAAUGUUUCUUAUGUUCCUUGUUUUUUAGUUGAACGUGUCGUAUCCUGCAACAGGAUGUCAAAAACUAUUUGAAAUCUCAGAUGAGCAUAAGCUGAGAAUUUUUUAUGAAAAGCGUAUGGGUGCCGAAGUUGAGGCUGAUGCGCUAGGUAAUGAAUGGAAAGGUUAUGUCGUUCGCAUUUCUGGUGGCAAUGACAAACAAGGAUUUCCCAUGAAACAGGGUGUUUUGACCAAUGGACGUGUGCGUUUAUUGCUGUCAAAAGGACAUUCAUGCUACAGACCUAGACGCGAUGGUGAACGCAAACGUAAAUCUGUACGUGGCUGCAUCGUUGACUCCAAUCUGUCGGUGCUUGCUCUAGUUAUUGUUAAAAAGGGUGAAAAGGAUAUCCCGGAUUUAACCGAUAAGGAAGUUCCACGGCGUUUGGGGCCCAAGAGAGCGAGCAAAAUUCGCAAACUUUUUAAUUUGUCUAAGGAAGAUGAUGUACGUCGUUUCGUCGUAAAACGACCUAUUCAAAAAGAAGGGAAACCAGCGCGCUCUAAGGCGCCGAAAAUUCAGCGCCUUAUUACUCCCCUGACUCUGCAGAGGAAAAGACAUAGACUGGCGUUGAAAAGAAGGCGAAGCUUAGCAUGCAAGCAACAAGCAGCCGAGUAUGCAAAAUUAUUGGCACAGCGACAAAAGGAAGCUAAGAACAGGCGUCAAGAAGAACUAAAACGACGACGCAGUGCUUCUAUGCGAGAUUCGAAAUCAUCGAAUCAGUCUGCCCCUAUCAUAAAAUAA